ACCAUGUCGUCCUCAUCCGGGAGCGACUGCGACAUCAAUAUGAUCGAAGACUGGAAGAUGUCCAAUAUUACCGGACCGUGUGAAGAAGAGAAGUUCGAGAAAACGAGCAACACGCCUUUAAAACCGACCUACGACCAAACUUCCGACAGCGAAAAGGACGUCCAGGCCGCUUUUGCACAGAAAAUGAACCAAAUUUUGGCCAAGAAAAACCCAAACGGCACAACGACGCCGCCUGGGCUGGCAAACAAGUCGC